AUGGCGGCGCCGCCUCAGGCCGGUCCCGCAGCGCCCCCGGAGCCGCGGCCGAGGCCCUCGCGGCUGCCGGUGGGCCGGGCCCAGGAGAAGCGGGCCCCGUCCGAGGGGCCGCCCGCGGCGCCUCCCCAGCAGAAACGAUCGCGGACCGGGCUCGGGCCCGGAGCUGCCAAGGCCGCGCCCAAGGCCCCGCUCAGGGCCCCGCUGCGAACGCUGGGCGCCGCCGCGGGCAAGAACGAUGGCCCUCGCAAGGCGGCGUCGGUGGCAGCUGCUCCUCGGGCAGGCUCAGUCACCAGCACGAGCGCCAAGGGCGCCUCCAAGCGGCCGCCGUGGGACCUGCGGGGGCAGCUCGGGGACCUGCGGGAGGCGCUGGGCCAGGCCCAGGAGCGGCUGCAGGGGCUGGAGGGCGAGAAACGGGAGCUGGAGAGCGGCAACCGAGCGCUGAGAGAGCGGCUGGAGCGGCUGCAGAGGGAGCUGGGCGAGAGGGAGAGCCGGGAGAGCAGCCUGUGCACCAGGGUCGGUCCCCUGCUGAGGGAGCUGGGACAGAGGGAGAGCCGGGAGAGCAGCCUCUGCACCAGGGUCGGCUCCCUGGAGCUGGAGGUGUCCCAGUGCCGCGAGGAGCUGCAGCAGAGCCGUGACCGGGUGGAGGCGCUGGAGGCCGAGGAGCGGCGGCUGCAGGAGCAGGAGCAGCAGCGGCGGCAGGAGAGGGAUGAGGCCCUGGGUCGGGCACAGGAGCUGUCCGAGCAGCUGGAGAACACCGGGGCGCAGCUGCAGCAGACGCAGCAGCAGCUGCAGGAGCAGCUGGAGCAGGUGGCGGCGCUGCGCGAGCUCGAGGCCUCGCAGCGGGCGCUGCUGGCCGAGCACGAGGAGCGCAUCCACCUGCUGGAGAUGGAGCGGCGCCGCCUGCACAACGACAUCCAGGAGCUCCGGGGGAACAUCCGCGUGUUCUGCCGCGUGCGGCCGCUGCUGCCGGAGGAGCUGCAGCGCCAGCGGGGGCUGCCCCACCUGCACUUCCCCACGGGGGACACGCGCAGCCUGGUGCUCACCCGGCCCGACGAUUCUCAGGUGGGGCGCGAGCGGCGCGCGGAGCUGCGCUACGACUUCAGCUUCGACCGCGUCUUCCCGCCCGGGGCCUCCCAGCAGGACAUCUUCAAGGAGAUCCAGCUGCUGGUGCAGUCGGCUCUGGACGGGUACCCGGUGUGCAUCUUCGCCUACGGGCAGACGGGCAGCGGCAAAACCUUCACCAUGGAGGGCCCGGCGCCGCCCGGCCCCCCGGAAUCGCGGGGCAUGAUCCCGCGGGCCGUGCGCCACCUGUUCCGCGGCGCCCACGACCUGGCGGGCAAGGGCUGGCAGUACGGCUUCUCGGCCAGCUUCCUGGAGAUCUACAACGAGGGGCUGCGCGACCUGCUGCUGGCCAAGGGGGAGCGAGGGUCAGAGCUGGAGAUCCGCAGGCUGGCACCCGACAGCGACCAGCUGCACGUGCCCAACCUCACCUGGGUGCCCGUGGAGAGCGAGGAGCAGGUUCUGGAGCUGCUGGUCCGUGCGGGCUCUCAGCGCUCGGUGGCGCGCACGGGGCUCAAUGAGCGCUCGUCGCGCUCGCACUCGGUGUUCCAGCUGCGCAUCCAGGGCCACCACGCCGCCCGCGACCUGCGCUGCGCCUCCUCGCUGACCCUGGUGGACCUGGCUGGUUCGGAGCGUUUGGAGAAGUCGGGGUCGGUGGGGAACCGGCUCAGGGAGACCCAGAGCAUCAACUCCAGCCUGAGCGCCCUGGGGCUGGUCAUCAGCGCCCUCUGCAACAAGGAGUCGCACAUCCCGUACCGGAACAGCAAACUGACCUUCCUGCUGCAGAACUGCCUGGGGGGGGCACGCCAAAGU